UACAAAGUCACUGCAUCAGUGUCAGACAACAAAUUCUUGGCAUUUGGCUCCGUUCGCGACAACACAAGACAGUAAAUCUUCGCGCAAACUGUUCGACUUUAAAAGGCAUGGAUCCUGUGAACGGAGAUGUGAAUAUCGCCGCGGUGAACCACACAGAUGAUUCCAGAAACGGAGAAGUAGAUGAUCCACAACUUGCAGCAGUGAAAAGUGCUAGUUAUUGGGAAGAGGUUGACAAAGAAGAGAUCGAACGCGAACGAACGUAAGUUCUAAAAAUUGUAAAUGAAAUGUAAAGGCGAUUUCGUCACCUAUCGCUAUUGGAUAGAACUUCGCGUUUUUCUGAACGGGAUGGCUAUAUAAAUGGUUAAUCUUAAAAAUUCAUGUGAUGUAAAUCAUGUGCUCCACCAGAGCAUAGUCAAAUUCUCCUAAAUUUAUUAAUCGGAAAGAUCGACCUUUUUGCGGCCUUAAAGUUUAAAUGUAACUUUUAUUACUUUUAAUUUUAGUUUAGCGCUUUCGUUUGCAAUUCUUUACGGCCUGUGGUUUGGGAAAAUGCCCUUGUUCUAAAUGUUUGUUUGCACAGAGAUAACUUCAGCUCUGGUGGAUAUUUUCGCAUAUUGUCUUUGCCCUUUGAACAACCGAUCCAAAAGAUACGAAAUCGCGAAAGGACUGUUUUAGCCUGAAGCUUAAUUCAGCGACAAUCUUGAAUAUUUAUGCAUCUCUUAGCAUUUACAAUGGCCCUACUGGAUGCAAAAGUAUGUCUUUUUGUGCAAACAAACUAGAGUUAAUUAUUCCGAGCCUUGUUCUACCACCAAACUAACUUUUGUCCCUUAGAGGACUUUGAACAUUAACUGGCAAUGAAGAACUUGACCUGGUUAAAGAACAACUUACUACAACUUGCUCAUCAAAAUUAUUUCAAGAAGUUUUUCAAUGAAAUAUGAAUGACCUCUGUUGGAUGGAGCUCGCUGCUUUUGUACCAUGACAGAUGGUAAUUUUUAGCGAAAAUCGUCACGCCAUGAUAUUUUCUAACACUUCAGUAGAUGACAUUCCUCAUAGCCAAUAAAAUUGCCGCAUCUGAAGUCCCUUAAUCUCGAGCCAAUUAGCCCCAAAUCGGAUAGUCAGCAUACUGAUUUGGGGGAUUUGUGCGUAUUGAGUUAAAACCCGUAUAGUUUGAGUGUUUUCUCCCAAUAAAAACAGCAUUAUCUGGGACUGAGACAAAAUCAACAUUUGUGUAAGAUCAGUGAUGUCAAUAAUGAAAAUACAAGUGUGGGGUAAUUUUGGCAUACACUUCAGAUAGGAAUUACAGUGGUUUUAAGUGCUCCUUAAUUUUUCAGAGAGACGUAACACAAAAGGAAACACUUUGAAUAGCAUAAAUUUUUCCAAAGGGCCGGGGAUGGGCAAAAAUUCUCGAACUUUCUAUUUUACAAGUGGGACACUACAUAAAAGAGAAUCCGUGCGUGGCAAAGGAAAUACUAUAUUUCACGCCGAUUUUAUUUUGGUAAUCGGAUGGAGUCUAAGUAAACACAGUUCGAUCUGAUCAAGGUGAUAUAUACGUUAAGCAUGACUAAUUUGAUUAAAAUGCCAGCCUCGGGCAUUAUACAUCGUAGAUAAUAUCGAAAUUACUUGCUUUUAAGCUCGUUUAUUGCCUUACGGUAUAGGUCGUCUGUCAUCUGUAGAUGACCCAUUUGCCUCACCGCUUUGUCUUAUUUACUAACCGCACAAUAUUCAAGAAUCCUUUGACGGUGGCAAGCACACAUAAAAUUGUAGAGCCGAUCUCAAUUUCCAUCCCAACUGAAGCAAUAUUUUCCGUUCUUUGAAAAUACUGUAUUGAUGCAGGGCCAAAUUCGUUUAGCUCAGCUUCCUUUGUUUGUCUUGUUUGAAGUGGAAAUCUAGGGGAAAUCUCAAGAGACCCCUUCUUCGUUUCCUGAAAAACAAACUUAUGUCGAGGGUGUGUAAAGAAAAACUUGUCACACUCUGUUUUCAUGAUCAACAAUCAAGUUUGUUUUGCGGCAAAAUUAACAUUGCGUUGACAUAGCAAAGUCAAAAGCUUCCAGUAGAGAUCGUAUAAACUGUUCUUUAACGGCCCCAUGCCCUGAUCAAAUUGUAACAAUUCUGCGUAAUUUUUUUAGGUGCUCAGUAAUUGUCAAGCGGGACCCGCUCAUGUAAUCUUCCUCAGUCCCUUCAUAUUUCGCUCCUUGCGUAAGACUUAAUUUCAAGUCCACUUAAAACUACAUUGAAAAGGAACCCAUGUUGAUUAAACUGCACUCUGCGACUCUAGGUCAAAACUAUCCGUGGGGGGUUCCCAGGGGGUGGUUUUGACUAGAAUGGCUUUUGAAAUUGUAGCUAUAUCUUUGCAUUGUUUGGGCUCAUUUGAUUUUGCAUAUAUUAAAAAAAAACAGUGACAAUUUUAGGUCUCAGGAAAUUUAUCAUUUUAUUUGGUGUUUUCUCCCGAAUAGGAAAAAAAUACAAUUUUUCUGUCAACCCUGAGGUUGAAAACUUCGAUCGAAAAUAUUUCUUUAAUGCUGUAAUUCCCGUUUUCUCGAUCUUUAAGAUAUACAUUCAUUUAUUUAAGAAUUCAGAAAUAUUAAACAGGAUCGAAUUUCCACAGACGUCGAAAGUUUCACACAGUCAGAAUCUCUCUACAAAAAGAUGGAAAUCUAAAAAACAAUAAUUAAUUCAAAGCAUACAUGUCAUUUGAACGAGUACAUGACAAUUACCAGCAUUACGAAAGGAUCAAACAGGAGGUGUUAAAUUAAACGGUGGACGAUGCACAGCGAUAUAUAUAAUUGAUAAUCGUCCUAUGUCACCUGUUCAACCCUAUUGUGACGGAGCUUUUCUGGAAUAUUUCUUUGGCACCUGGUUGUAAAUGAAGUUUAAUGAGCGAGAUACAGACAGUCGAGGCUCUCUGACAGAGAGCCGACCCUCGGUAACUUUAUUGAAUGUAAUCAAAGUUCUGUGAUGGUAUUGGUAGAUCUAGCAUUGUUUGUUGCCCACCCUGCCAGGCUGAUACGCAAGUCAAGGCGGUUCUGAUUAUUUUAUUUUCAUUGCUGGUAGCGUGUUUUGGCGGCUCCUUCAGUCGAUUUCAGUGACUCUAGCCGAUAGAUAUCGCAUUCCACCGGACAAUUUCGAUUUAGAGCUUAAAGGUAUGUUUCACCAUCGCUGAUUAAUUCAUUUUUUCAACCUGUAAACAAACCAGGUUUUGAACUUCUGGAGUACUAACUCAUCCAUUGGUGUUUUGAGGUAGCUCGAUAGUCAAAUUCGACGGCAAGAUGUCGAUAAAGAACAAAAUCAAAGCGUUUCUCGGACUUACCAACCGUUGUAUGACUUGAAUUUCCAAUGCUACGCAUCCAGAUUGAAAAUUUUAAGAUUAUCGCUGUGAAUUUGAUCAUUCUGCUGUCAAACAAUAUUAUACGACGUAAAAAAAUUUAGAUCCUUUGAUAAGUGCUUCUAGUAAUGUUUUCAUUUGAAACGAAACCCGUGGCACGUGUUUCAGAAUUAUUGGUAUUCUAGUUCAAAAGAUGAAGGAAUAAACAUUUGAAACCAAAAAUACUUUCGAAAAGCCUAGAAUCUUCAGGCACGAUUUUGAAUAUUAUUCCUUAGAAAUUUAAUUUCAAUUCAGAUUUAAGAGUUACACCUCGCCCUAGGGCUUCCAUGCAUUUGUAAAUUUUUCGUGAUUGUUACAUUUGGAUGGUAGGGAGAACCUUGCAGUGUAAUUGUUGGACAGACAUACAGUGAGGCAAUUUUUUACGACUUCCGUGAUGUGUUUGAAUUGACAAUGUUACUUUUGGAUCUGAUAAGGUUUCAUAAUUUAUGAGAUCUGGUAAGAUAAUUUUCAGGUCAAGGUCUCAUUAAGCAGCCAUUUUUCGAUUUUGCGAGAACACUUUUCCAAGAAUGAUGGCUUUGCGGGUGCUCUUUGGUAAGCGAUCCGCAGAUUUCUGCCAUUUUGGGCCGACAAUAGAAUGAUUACUUUGUUCAAAAGCUCAUCAUUUAGUUUCAUCGUCAAUUUUUUUUCCAUAUUUCUGGAACGUGAUCGGUGGUGAAAUUAAUUGUUCUUAACUGGUUUUGCAUAUUUCAUUUCGAAACCAUUCAGUCAGUCAGUUAGUAAUCCGGUCAGCUAUCCAGACAAAUUAAUAAAAGAUAAAAGGGGUUAAGUUUCUACAUAAACUGUACUGCAACGUCGGGGGGGAGGGGAUAAUUUGGUUUUAUGUAAAUGUUUAACGUAAACUGGCCACCAUAAAGAUUUUCUGAUGGUGACAUUUCGUGCAUUAAUCGUCAGGGCGCAUGGAGAGUUAUGCAGAAGGUCAGAGAGUUACUUUUUUUCUCUUUGAAUCAGUGUAUUUUGUCACUCAUUGGAAUAAUCGUUGACUGCUUACUUGUAAAAUUUUGUCUAACAUUAAGCAAAGUGGCUAAGUUUUUUUUAACGGAAUACCACCUUAAUAUUAGAACAGAACUGUGAAGAAACGAGACACGGACCUUAAGUACUGAACCUUACAAGCCUUAACCCUUUAACUCUCAUGAGUGACCAAGACAGAAUUUCUCCUUAAAAUAUCAAUACAAUAUCAAGCAGACAAGUGAUGAGGAUAAAGAAAAGUAUGAAAUUGAGGAUAAUAAGUUGAUCCAAUACUAAAUUCUCUGAGCUAACAUUAUAAGAAUUGUAUGGUUGACGGUGAGGAGAAUAACAUUUUUGAUCCGGGAGUUAAAGGGUUAAGAACUCAACAUUGCGAACGUUUGUGUUAUUUUUAACUAGAACCUGGCGUGAAACCGAAUACUUUUAAUUUUAGGAGGAUACAGCCAAUAAAAACCGUAACAAAAACGUAUCGACAGAGCUUUGGCUCACCUUUGUCUUCUUCUCGUUUCUUUUCAAGGGAACAAGAACAAAGAGGGAAGAUUACAGAAGAGGAGCUUCCAAAAACCGGUAGUGCAAGACGAGCCAAGGAAAUCUUUGAAUCUAAGCCGCAACAGCAAGAAAAAGAGACUCCAUUUGAUUUGCAGAUACUUUCAGGCGUGACUAAAGCAAGCAUGAAGAGGUAUCAAGAACAUCAGGCUUCAAGAGCAAAUUCGCGUCCAAGAGAGAUGGAAGAUCUCGAAGAUAUUCAAGGUGGAAUAGCUUCUUCAAACAGAGAGGCCUUUGAAAAAGGUAAAGUGAGUAAUGCAGAAAGAAAGAUAGGAGAUGAAGAAGACGAACAUUUACCAACCGCAGGCAUCGCAUCCAAGACGCGUGCAAAUUUCGAGUCUGGUCAGGUCAACCGUGCCGAGGACAGACACGUGAGUGAGAAGGAUAUCAUCGAAGAAAUGCCUUCAGCUGGUGCUGCUUCCGCCGUGCGACGUCGAUUUGAGAAGAAUGGUGAAGGUGAAGAAAAGGCACAGAGGCGUCUGAGCUUUGAACCGGAGAAAGGAGAGGCCAAAGCAAGGACUGCUAUGUACAUGCAAAGUUUGGAGGACUCAUCGAACAGGAAUCAAGCCUUAGACGAACAGGAUGCUCUUCCAGCUCCGGGCAGCGCCCGUGGUGUCAGGCAAAUGUUUGAACAGGAUAAAGUUAUCCACGCCGAGUCGAAUCUCAAAGACUCUUGGAAGGAAGAACUUCCGCAAUCUGGUGCCGCUCGAGCAACUAAGGAAGCUCUUAAAGCAGCUGCUUCGAAAAGAUACGAAAAAUCACAGAUCGAAGAUGAAGCGCUAAGUCCUGGCUUGGCUUCUGCUGCCAGACAUCGAUACGAAAAGGGUGAAUUUCAAGACCAAAAAGUUAUCGAGCGAGAAGAACCCAUCGUGUCACCCGGAUCAGCCAAAGAACAAAUGAAGCAAUUUCAGGAAGCGGCUUCAAAUCAGGGACCAAGAAGGCGAACCAUGGACAACGAGAGAGAAGAACUAGAAGCUGCCCGUGGUGUAGCUCUUGCUGUGAAAGCCAGCUACGAGAAGGAAGGCGCACCUCAUAAAGAAACCAAAAAAACUAUUGCCGAUGAAGAUUUCUCCGCUAUCCAAGGCCGUGCUAAGGAAACGACGCGAGAAAUCGAGUCGGGCGGAUUCAUCAAAGAAGCACCCAAGAUGGUCGACACUGAAGACUUCGGCGUUGCCCGUGGAGUCGCCAAGGAAACAACCCAGCGGAUAGAAAAGGGAGAACUAAUUAAAGGGGCGCACAAGAUGGUAGAAGAUGAAGAUUUUUCUAACAUCUCCGGCCUAGCUAAACAGACAACGCAGCAAAUAGAACGAGGCGAGAUGAUCAAAGAGGCACACAAGAUGGUGGAGGACGAAGACUUCUCAGGGAUCUCUGGAGUGGUCAAGGGAACCAGGCAACGGAUUGACAGCGGCGAAAUAGCACAGAAAAAGGCGGUCAGAAAUUCAGAUGCCGGUGAUCUGAUGGGAAUUCAAUCUGUGACGAGUAAUCGUGCAGUGUUUGACCAAAACGGCGAUUGACUCUAUCCAGGAAAAAACAGCAGGUUGAAUAGGACCUUAUUAAUAAGUUACUGACCAUUUAAAGACAAAUAUCGGUUAUAAAAGAUUCAUUUUAACCCUUUGUAUAUACAAACCUGAAACCCCCCUGGCCACGCCCUGGUGUCCGAAGUUAAAUUGCAAUAGCUUACGCUGCAAAACAAAAUCAUUAGCAAAAUAACAACUCGCGCAGGAAAGAUAAGGUCGUUGUGGGUUGAAAUGAUGAUAUGAUUCAUCUUUAGCGUAUAUGUAAAAGGAUAAGUAAUACUAGAUGCAUUUCUAAGAUUGUUUCUGGAUAACGCAGUAUCAAAUUUCACGAAAAUGGCUCCCUCCGCCAGUAGGUGCCGACAAACUUAUGAUAAGUCAGCCCUACUUAAAAAAAAACAGUACAAAAUUUGUACUUGCACCCUUGAAAUCACUUAAGCAUCGACAGGCUGAUUAGAGUCUGUUUUUCAGAAUCAAAUGAGUGUGAUUCAGGGAUAAUUGUUGCAUUGGUAGGUGAUUGAGCGUAAAUUACAACUUAUUCCGCCCAGUUCCGGUCACGAUUUAAGUUUAUCAAUACAUAUUGUAUUGAAUGACAAAGUACGACAAAAGAUUGGUAUGAUCUGAUGUAAUUUGAUUUUUAUAACAAUAAAUUUAUUACACUUGUCUC